AUGAUUACCACCCUACAGGACGUGGCGUACCAAGUGGGACUCAGGAUCGAUGGUGAUCCUGUUAGUGGCUGCAUUGGUAGGUGGGAGAAGCACCAUGAUGGACGGUCCAUUGAGGACUUAUGCCAGCAGCUAUUGGGUGUAGUUCCGAGCCCAGAGGAUAGACAGUCACAAACGAAAUGGACUGUCAAAUUUACAUGGUUUCACAAUACCGUCUGCGGAGAGCUGGAGCAGGAUGCCACUGAGGAGCGACUGUUGCAAUACAUGAGCCGGUAUAUCAUGCAGGUGAUCGAUGGUAUCUUAUUCCCGGAUGCAUCUAACUCUCGGAUGUGUCAUGCCACGGAGUAUAGUCAGUACAAUUUGGGUGGUUGCGUCAAUUUGCUGCUCUCUUGGGCUUAUCACCAUAUUCCAUUGCUACGGCUGGAUGGAUUUGAGACUCGUCGAUUUCCGCUAGUUAAGAGGUGGAUUGAGUACCAUCCAGAUAAUGCCAAAGGCGAGAACAGGCUUAGGCAUUACAGGCUUACAUUGAAUGGGAUCAGCAUCCUCAACGUUGACUAG